AUGAAGCGCAAGACGAACGAGAAAGACGCCCGGGACGUCAGCGGGCAGCCGGAUUCCAAGAAACGCGCCUUGUCCAGCGAAGAGGCCGCCGCCCGCUUCCGUGACGGCCUGUUUAACCCGGUGGAGCAGCAGAAGUACACCGAUGAAUAUGCCCAAUCCGCCCCGUAUAAGCACGGCGUCAUUCACCCCCUGAUCGAGCCCUCCCUCCUCCGAGCGGUGCGCAACGAGAUCCAGGAACAUCUGCACUUCACCGAGAAGGAGACCGAUAUCUACAAGAUCUUCCAGUCCGGCGAUCUGGCCAACCUCGACGGCCUGGACGAUGCUUCCCUGUCCCGACUGCCCUCCAUCCUGAAGCUCCGUGACGCCAUGUACUCGGCCCGGUUCCGUGAGUACCUCUCCGGCGUCACCAACUCGGGCAAGCUGAGUGGUAGCAAGACCGACAUGGCCAUCAACAUCUACAACGAGGGCUGCCACCUGCUGUGCCACGACGACGUCAUCGGCAGCCGCCGCCUCAGCUACAUCUUGUAUCUGACCGACCCGGACACCCCCUGGCAGGCAGAGUGGGGCGGCGCCCUGCGCAUGUUCCCAACCACGACCCAGAAGGACGCCGCGGGCGAGGAUGUCAAGAUCCCGAGCCCGGACUACAGUCUCAGCAUUCCCCCGGCUUUCAACCAGCUCAGCUUCUUCACCGUCCAGCCCGGCGAGAGCUUCCACGACGUCGAGGAAGUGUACCACCCGGCGGAGGGCGAGGACCGAUCCCAGAAGCGCGUGCGCAUGGCCAUCAGCGGCUGGUUCCACAUCCCACAACGCGGCGAGGACGGAUUUGAGGAGGGCCUGGAGGAGAAGCUGGCCGAGCGGAGCAGUCUGGCGCAGCUGCAGGGUCGCGGCGACAUCUACGACCUGCCCCAGUCCAAGCCGACGCCGUGCGGGCCCGCAGCCGUACCGGAAGCCGAGGGCACGGGCAAGGGCAAAGCCAAGGCCGAGGCGGUGGCGGAGCCGUCCGACAGCGUCGAGUUCACCGAGAACGACCUGGCCUUCCUGGUACAGUACAUCGCGCCGUCGUACCUCACGCCGGACAUCGCCGAGGAGAUGUCCGAGACCUUCUCCAACGAGUCGUCGCUCAGCCUCGAGCGCUUCCUGUCGGAGAAGUUCGCCGCGCGCGUACGCGCCUACAUCGAGGAGCAAGAGCGGCAGUCGCUGCCCGCGUCGGCCGACGAGAUCCGGGCCCAGACCGGCUGGACCGUCGCCCGCCCGCCGCACAAGCAGCGCUACCUGUAUCAGCAGUCCCCGGCGGUGACGCAGGACCAGAAGACGCCGCUCCAGGAGCUGCUGAACGACCUGUUCCCGUCACCGGCGUUCCGCAAAUGGCUGGCGCACGUCACGGGCGCCGACCGCAUCACGAGCUACGACCUCCUAGCGCGCCGGUUCCGCCGCGGGCAGGACUACACCCUCGCCAGCAGCUACGACGGCGAGGAGCCGCGGCUGGAGUUCACCCUCUGUCUGACCCCGACGCCGGGGUGGGAGAAGGAGAGCGACCACGAUGACGAGGAGGAGGAAGAAAAAGAGGACAAGGCCAACGGGGAGUCUGCCUCCAAGGUCGAGGCGGCGGAGAAGAAGCCCAAAGCGGACGGCGAGGAGCCCGCGGUGGGCGGCUACGAAAUCUACAUGGCGGGCGAUGACGAGAAGGACGACGACGCGGCCAUUUACCGCUCCGCGGAGGCUGACGAAGACGAUGGCAUUUUGUUCAGCACAGCGGCUGGGUGGAACCGGCUCAGCAUUGUCCUGCGUGAUAGCGGGACGCUCAAGUUCGUCAAGUACGUGAGUGCGGCGGCCAAGGGCGACCGUUGGGAUCUGACGGGCGAGAUGGGCGUGGAGUUUGACGAUGACGAUGAUGAUGAUGAUGAUGAUGAUGACAACAAUGAGGAUGGAGAAGAUGAGGAAGACGAGGAAGACGAUGAAUAG